UAUCAGUUCAGAAGUUGAAUCGGCUUCGCCUGCAUUUCUUCUUGUGCCUUUUUCUUUUCGUUCUCGUUUUCAUUCCCUUCAACCUAAACGACCACGACGACUUCGUCUUCCUCUCUGUCUGAACCAUGGUUCUUCUGCCGCUAGAUCCGUUUCUCAAUGAGCUCACCAGCAUGUUUGAACGCAGCACCGAGAAGGGCUCCGUUUGGGUUACUCUUAAACGAUCUUGUUUGAAAUCUAAGCUGCAAAAGGAUAAACUGGAGACUGCUGGGGAAACAAUUGAGUAUAGAUGCCUUAUACGUGCCACUGAUGGGAAAAAGACAAUAUCUACUUCGGUUGGACAGAAGGAUCACCAACGCUUUCAAGCUUCUUAUGCAACUAUAUUGAAGGCCCACAUGACUGCUCUAAAGAAGAGAGAAAGGAAAGACAAGAAGAAGCCUGCAGAGGCUAAUAAAAGAGAAGGGAGUUCGAAGAGAUCGAAGAAGUCUUAAAUGAUUUGCUGACUCUGUUUUUGUUUUCGUUUUCCCCCAGAUUGUUUUUUGUUAUUAGAGUGAGAGGUGAAGGGGAAGGGGAAAAGAAGGGGAGAGAAAAGGAUAAAAGGAGAGACAAAGAUUAGUGAAUAAUUCUUGCAUUUAAUCUUUACAUAGAUAUUCAUUUAGUAGCAAUUUGUGAAAAUUUCCUCAGUUCCCCAGGAGGUUAUAAAGUGAAUCUUUAGGAUAUUUUUCUCUUCUGUUGCACGGUUCAACUCAUUGCGGGUUAAUCUUCCUGCGCCAAAAUCUUACUCGGU